AUGCCAAGGGUUGCCUUCAGGUUAUUGAAGGUAAUUCCGCCAUUUUCAUCAACAGCCGCCUUCACAGCCGCCACAUUGGCCACCACUUUGGCGGUUGUGAAGGCGGCUGUUGAUGAAAAUGGCGGAAUGACCUUAGACGACCUGGAGGCAACCCUUGGCAUGAAUGCCACGAUUGGACUCUCUGAUGAGCAAUCAGAGCAAAUCUGGUCCUGGGACGACAAGAAAUCCACGAAGAAGAUUGGACUCUCUGAUGAGCAAUCAGAGCAAAUCUGGUCCUGGGACGACAAGAACCCGUCCACCUUUCGGAAUUGGGGACCUAACGAGCCCUCGGGUGCCGGGGACGGGGCAGUGAUGUACCCAAACCAGUGGACACACUCGGAUUGCAAUGAGAAAAAGCGGUUUCUGUGCCAAGCCCGGGUUCCGAGCUGCCGGUGCAGGACCAUGACGUUUAUGAACCGCUCACCGCCGCUAAACCGCUGCAAGUGCGCUGAGGAAGCCGCUGGAGUUUUCAAUCGGGAAUUCUGGGCUAAUAAUUACGCAGAUAUCGUUAGGACCAGGACCCAAGUUAGGCUUGGGCAGGUUAGCUUGGGCGAGGAAACCUACAGCGACUGGGAUUUCCCCGGGCAAACUCAAACAAACCUGGCGUUUCCCAGAUGUGGGUUCGUUUUCCCCACAAAGUGGAGCGAUGUCGACGUCAACCUCGGCGGUUCUGAGUCGUCAGGUCAAACGUUGCUUCCAGCAUUUUUUUGUAAACGAUUCGCCCCGGAAAUCAAGAACAACGACACGGAAAAUCCCCUGGCAUUGAGUGACGUCAACAACAAUGCCGACACUUAUUUAUGA